GCGCGGAGACGCACUGCUCUCACGGCGGGUGGUGGAAGAUGGCGGCGGCGCAGGCGGUGGAGGAGAUGCGGACCCGCGUGGUUCUGGGAGAGUUCGGCGUUCGCAAUGUCCACACCACGGACUUUCCCGGUAACUACUCCGGUUAUGAUGAUGCCUGGGACCAGGACCGCUUCGAGAAGAAUUUCCGUGUGGACAUUGUACAUAUGGAUGAAAACACGUUGGAGUUCGACAUGGUGGGAAUUGACGCUGCCAUUGCUAAUGCUUUCCGGAGAAUAUUACUAGCUGAGGUGCCGACGAUGGCUGUAGAAAAGGUUCUGGUGUAUAACAACACAUCCAUUGUUCAAGAUGAGAUACUUGCUCACCGCCUGGGGCUCAUCCCCAUUCUUGCUGAUCCUCGUCUUUUUGAAUAUCGGAAUCCAGGAGAGGAAGAAGGGACAGAGAUAGAUACACUGCAGUUUCGGCUACAGGUCAGGUGUACCAGGAACCCCAGUGCAGCUAAGGAUUCCUCUGACCCCAACGAACUCUACGUGAACCACAAAGUAUAUACCAGGCAUAUGACAUGGGUCCCCUUGGGAAACCAGGCUGAUGUCUUCCCGGAGGGCACAAUCCGACCAGUACAUGACGACAUCCUCAUUGCUCAGCUUCGGCCUGGCCAGGAGAUUGACUUGAUCAUGCACUGCGUCAAGGGCAUUGGUAAAGACCAUGCCAAGUUCUCACCGGUGGCCACAGCCAGCUACAGGCUCCUGCCGGACAUCACCCUGCUUGAACCUGUGGAAGGGGAGGCUGCUGAGGAAUUGAGGCGAUGCUUCUCGCCUGGUGUAAUUGAGGUACAGGAAGUACAAGGGAAAAAGGUGGCCAGAGUUGCCAAUGCUCGGCUGGAUACCUUCAGCAGGGAGAUCUUUCGGAAUGAGAAGCUCAAGAAGGCUGUGCGGCUUGCCCGUGUUCGGGACCAUUAUAUCUUUUCUGUGGAGUCAACUGGAGUUUUGCCACCAGAUGUGUUGGUGAGUGAAGCCAUUAAGAUACUGAUGGGGAAGUGCCAGCGGUUCCUGGAUGAACUAGAUGCAGUUCAGAUGGACUGAAACUUCCACGGCGUGUCUGGAAUGGCCUGGCUGCUCCUGGCUUGCGACCUUUACCCCACUGCACUGCUAUGCCCAGUAUGACUAGAGGUCCAAUUCCAGUCUUAUUUUCAGUCAAUACAUUUUAUUAAAUGUGUCACAGACUAAGACUUAUGCCUUUGUAAGGCCUUUGUUGUAAAUAAAUUGAUAUCCUGGCAAAA